CCCGAGUCGCCGAUUCCUGCAGAGUGUAGAGAGGAGAGAGUGAACAGGGAGCGGGGCUUUUGUCUGUUGAUCUCCCUGGACUGAAGAGAGGGAGGGUGCAAGGCCAAGACUGUUAAGGAUUCUCAAAAUGGUUUAUUACCCAGAGCUCUGUGUCUGGGUCAGUCAAGAACCAUUUCCAAAUAAGGAAAUGGAGGGAAGGCUUCCUAAGGGAAGCCUUCCUGUCCCCAAGGAGGUGAACCGCAAGAAGGAUGACGAGAUCGAGGCUGCCUCCGUGCCUCCACUUGGCAGCAGUGAACUCCACUCCCCAGGCAUCAGUUACCUCUACUCUUUUUAAUCGUUAACACCUCCAUUUGUAUUACAUAUGGUGUAUGGGUAUUGAUGAGGUCAUGGUAUCAUAUAUGGGAUUUUUUUCUGUGUAAAUCAUCAAGUAUAAGAAGAAACUAUGGGACUCUGAGCCUUGCUUUAGAGAAUUUACAGUGGACAACUAGGUAUCAUCAAACCAGUUUUUAAUCAUUCUGACUCAAGUGAAAACGCUCAGAAUUUCACACUGUGAAUCCACGUUUACAACCCUUACAGGUGGGCCUUCAGGCCUGGUUCUCGACGACGAUGUCUUCCACAACUCAGACUCCCUCUGCUGUCACACAACCGGUCCACUCCUGCCUUUUCACUCACAUAGCUCCCGACUGCUUCUUGCAGAGGCUGAGAGUCCCCAUUUUUUUUUUUUCAUUUAGAUGUAACAAGCCUAGUAGUUUAUGUUCAUCGAUUGUCUGUAUAUCUCUAUAUUUUAUCCAUGUACUCUUUUGAUGUAUAGAAGUAGUUUGAAACUCAUUGUUUCCUUGUGGUAAGUGACCGAGAUGCUGCCACAGGACCUGAGACACUGAUGAAUGGUGCUAUUUUGGACUUUCAACAUGCUCCUUGGCGAGGUAGCUCUGACGGAGUUAUAUUUUAUUUCCAUGUUCUAAGAAGGUGUUGGUACUCUGUUUCCCUGAAUGUUGUUCUCUAGACCGGAUUGACUUGUUUUCCUCGUGUCUUCAGUGUGGCUUUCUUCUUCCGCGUGGUAGGUUGGCGAAUGCUACCAGAGAGAGUAAGAGACUCACGUCUCAUUGGCUGGCUCUCUUGGACAUGCAGUCAGUGGAGCGGGAGCAAUCACAAAACUGUAAUUUACUUACCAAAUCUCUUCUUUUCGGUAGCCUCGCCUGCCUAGCUUAGAGAAAGAUAAGCAAUAAUUUGACAGGCAUUGUUAGGUGUCUCUUUCGGUUCUUUUUGUUUGAAAGGAUAUUUGCGGGGGGAAAGGGCAAACUUUUAAAAUACGUGCCCGAUGGGAAAAAAAAAAUCCAAAACACUGGCAUCUGCUUAGAUAUAUGCAAAUUACACCGUUUCCAAAAGCUAAGUUGGAAAACCUCUCAUAAAAAAUUUUUUUUUUACAAAAAGGCAGAGCACUCUUUUCCGGCAGUUUUGAGAAGCAAGGUAUAGAUUUUGCAUUUUUGUCCUUGCUCCCAGUGAAAUGGAUAAACAAAACUAAAAUCAGACAAUACCAUCUUCUCAUGGAUUGUUGUUGUGUUAGCCAGUCUGAAAGCCCACCUUAAUUUUUAUAUAACCGUCUCGUAGCUCUUCCUUUGACAGGGCAGGCUGUGUCCCGCCCUGUCGUGCUUCUGACUGUUAACACGGAUGAUGCAUGUACUUCUUCGUUCUCUUCUUGCUCCCCCACUGGACUGAGUUUCUUGUGCAUUUUCCUCCCCGACCCCCUCCUUCGUUAGAAUAGGUAUAUCAGCUGUGUAAAUAGAGCAAGAAAACAGUAUUCUGCAUCUGUGGCAUUUAUGUAGCGUUGCAGUUGUGCACUGCCCAAAAUGCAGGCUUUUGUAACAAUGUGAUCUUUACUGAUGCACUCACAAGUACCCAGUGUAUUUUAGUAGUCUUUGUUCAAUAAAUAUGCAAGCUAGAAGGUAA